CCUCCAUAACUCCUUCGAUCCUCUCUCUCAGUCGCAUUUACCGGCGACUGUCUCCUCUUCUGUACUUGCUUUUCCGAUGGGUUCUCUUUUCUGUUUCUCUCUCAUUGCUUUUCUCCUUGUUCUUCACCCAUGUUUCGCAAAGAAAACUUACAUUGUUCAUGUGAAACAUCAACAAAAGCCGCCUUCUUAUUCUACUCAUCAUGAUUGGUACGAUGCUCAGUUGAAAUCUCUUUCUUCUUCUUCCAACUCUGAAUCUCUUCUUUACUCUUACGAUACUGCUUAUCCUGGAUUUGCUGCUUCUCUUGACCUCCAUGAGGCUGAAUUGCUCCGACAGUCUGAUGAUGUGGUUGGGGUGUAUGAGGAUACUGUUUAUACACUUCAUACUACUCGGACCCCUGAGUUUCUUGGGUUGGAUAAUCAGUUGGGGAUUUGGGCUGGGCAUACUCAACAAGAGCUUAACAGUGCUGCUCAGGAUGUUAUUAUUGGAGUGCUUGAUACCGGUGUUUGGCCUGAAUCUAAGAGUUUUAGUGAUGUGGGUAUGCCUGAUGUGCCGUCCAGAUGGCGUGGGGAAUGUGAAUCUGGACCUGAUUUCGAUCCAAAGGUACAUUGUAACAAGAAACUGGUUGGUGCGAGAUUUUUCGCUAAAGGUUACCGUAUGUCGUCUUCUAGUUCAUUUACGAAUCAACCCAGACAGCCUGAAUCGCCUCGGGAUCAGGACGGUCAUGGCACCCAUACAGCCAGUACCGCCGCUGGUGCACCAGUGGGUAACGCUAGCCUUUUUGGUUAUGCUAGUGGAAUCGCUCGUGGUAUGGCUCCUCGUGCUCGUGUAGCUACUUACAAGGUGUGUUGGCCUACUGGUUGUUUUGGGUCUGAUAUUCUUGCAGGUAUGGACCGUGCUAUUUUGGAUGGGGUUGAUGUGUUAUCUUUAUCUUUGGGUGGUGGAUCAGGUCCUUAUUAUCGUGAUACCAUUGCUAUUGGUGGUUUCUCUGCUAUGGAGAAAGGAAUUGUUGUGUCCUGUUCUGCAGGUAACAGCGGUCCUGCUAAAGCUUCACUUGCAAAUACAGCUCCAUGGAUUAUGACUGUUGGUGCUGGUACCAUAGACCGUGAUUUCCCUGCUUAUGCUGUUUUAGGUAAUGACAAAAAGAUUACUGGUGUGUCUUUAUACAGUGGUAAAGGGAUGGGUAAAAAGCUAGUUAGCUUAGUUUACAACACAGAUAGUAGCUCUAGCCUUUGCUUGCCUGGUUCACUAAACCCUAAAGAUGUUCGUGGGAAGAUAGUGGUAUGUGACAGAGGGACUAAUGCUAGAGUAGAAAAGGGUCUAGUGGUGAAAGAAGCUGGUGGGGUUGGGAUGAUAUUGGCUAACACCGUCGAGAGUGGCGAGGAGCUGGUGGCAGACAGUCAUUUGUUGCCGGCGGUGGCUGUUGGAAGGAAAUUGGGAAAUGUGAUUAGGCAGUAUGUGAAGAGUGAGAGGAAUCCGACUGCGGUGCUCAGCUUUGGAGGUACGGUGGUGAACGUUAAGCCAUCGCCGGUAGUGGCAGCGUUUAGCUCAAGAGGGCCUAAUACAGUGACUCCACAGAUAUUGAAGCCUGAUUUAAUUGGACCUGGAGUUAACAUAUUGGCAGCUUGGUCUGAGGCUAUUGGCCCUACUGGCCUUGAGAAAGAUACCAGGAGGACCAAGUUCAACAUCAUGUCUGGUACAUCCAUGUCCUGUCCUCAUAUCAGUGGACUGGCUGCACUGCUGAAAGCAGCACAUCCUGAAUGGAGUCCAAGUGCAAUCAAAUCUGCACUUAUGACAACUGCCUAUAAUCGCGACACCACUAACUCCCCUCUUCGUGAUGCAGAAGGUGAUCAACUUUCCACUCCAUGGGCUCAUGGAGCAGGUCAUGUUGAUCCUCACAAGGCACUCUCCCCGGGUCUUGUCUAUGAUAUUAGGCCUAAGGAGUACAUCAAGUUCUUAUGCUCGUUGGACUAUGAGAUGGAACACAUACAAGCCAUUGUCAAGCGCCCAAAUGUCACUUGUGCUAAGAAAUUUUCAGAUCCUGGGCAGAUCAACUACCCAUCGUUUGCAGUUUUGUUUGGCAAAUCAAGGGUUGUUCGUUACACCCGUACCUUGACCAAUGUGGGAGCUGCAGGCUCUACCUAUGAGGUAGUCAUUGAUGCUCCCCCGUCUGUUACUGUGACUGUGAAGCCAUCAAAGCUUGUAUUCAAAAAGGUUGGAGAGAGGCUGCGAUACACAGUCACAUUCGUGUCAAAGAAGGGUGUUAGCACGAUGAGCAAGACUACUUUUGGUUCGAUAUCAUGGAAUAAUGCUCAAAACCAAGUUAGAAGUCCAGUUUCAUAUUCGUGGUCACAAUUAUUUAACUGAAAGGUUGUUCCUUUAAUAUAAUGUAUGGUUUUCCCUUUUUGAAUUACCAGCAAAAAUUGUGGUAAUCAGAUGCUGCAAAUGGAAGUGUUUUUUUUAGCAAUCUGAGUGAUAGGGUUCCUCCAAAAAGUUUUAGUUUUAUGCAAUGCAAUUAUAGCCCUUGCUUGUAUGAUAUCAUGUGAGGUAAUGUAUUUAUUACAUGUCAAGAAAA